GAGUAAAGAUUCUGUUUAGCUGUUACUCCCACAAAAGCCUAUAUAAGGCAUGAAGUUCUUUCCUCUCCCUCUCCCUCUCCCUCUCCCUCCAAGGAAUCUCCGAAGACUUACCGAUCAACUCCUCACCAAAAGCCACUGUCCCUGCUGUGAACGGAUUUCGCGACCUCUGAAUCCGUUGUGAAGUGCUUGGAUAGAUCGCAAGCAUGACUGCUGGGAAGAUGCGUGGAGAGGCUGAUGAUGGGGAUAGUGCUGCGGCAUUGCCGAGCAUAUCAAUGCGAAUAGAUCACUAUCUGGAUGAGCUGUUAAAGAAAAAGGUUUCGAAGAGAGUGGAUGCUCUGACAUCUAUUAUUCGGAUCUUGUCCAGCAGGAUGCAGACUGAGUUCGUAGAGAAAAAUUUUGCAACCUUAUUGUAUCGGUUCCUAAUUUCGCUGAAGAAGGGCCCUGCCAGAGAGAGAGAUCUCGCCUCUAAUGCACUUGGACUGCUGGCAAUGACCAUCCAUUGCAGGGAUAAGGCACAUGAGCUCUACAAUGAGUCAACACCCUUACUGUCCAAGGCUCUAAAUUCCAAUUCUAAUACUUCAAAGGAAUUAGAUGGUUUGGCCAUCAUCACAUUUUUCUGUAAUGAGAAUUCAAUGGAGGUGGAGAAUAUGAUGCAGAUAAUAUGGGACAACAUCCAUCAAGGCAGUGACUCAACUGCAACAGGAAAUACUGACAGGAAGAUGUGUCUGAUAUCUGCGUGGUCUUUUCUCCUGUCAACUCUUGAUGGAUGGAGACUCAGUUGCAGAUGUUGGAAAGGGGCGAUUUCUUACUUCUCCAGAUUGUUGGAGGAUGAAGUGCUUCAUGGUGUGGCUUUGGAGGCACUUUUUUUGAUAUAUGAAAAUGGGUCUCUACAUAAAUUUUCUGGGGACCUUGUUAGAUCCAAAGAUGAAGCAGUUCAAUAUACAAACAUUGCUGCCGAAAAUAAUUCAUCAACGAUGGAAUUAAAGGAAGAGAUAGACAAGCUGCUUAAAAACAACAUCUCAGACUCGAAAUCUGAUGUUUCAAAAUACUUUCAGGAAAAAAGUCAGAAGAUUGGUAAACAGGAAGUAGUCCUGUCUACAUAUGCUCAAAGGGUGCAGCUGAAAUUCUUUAAGAAGUUUUUAGGAAGCGAAGGAUUUGACUUGCACAUGCGGGAAAAUGAGCUCGUCCGAGAUGUAUUUGAGUUUAGAAUGAAAGUGGAGAGUGCUCCAAGAUGUGAACUCUACGAAGCAGAAGAAGAAAAGAUCGCUAAACGUUAUAUUCCGCCUGCUGGAUCCAUAGCCUCGAUCCCUGGAGUAGACUAUGAAGAUGAUGGCAUGCUAGUAUAUAUCAGCCGUAGGGACAGAGGAAUUCGUCAGAGGAUCUACAAGUCCAAAAACGCACCUAUAAGCAAAGCACGAACCCAACUGCGGAACAAAAAACGCACGCAGGCACAGGAAAGACAUCUUGGGUACUUUAUUUCCGAAGAGGAAGAAUUCUGAUAUCCGGAAGACAACACCACCUAAGGACUCAUUAUUUUCUGUACUAUUAGUUUUUGCACUAGAAAACAAUUAAUUUUUCCUGAUUUAUUCGUUUAUUUAUUAGGUAGAAUACCGUAGAAAUCCCGAAAAAAUUGUAAUCUUAGUUUUUUUUUUUUUGGUUAUGGUAUUUAAAUUAUUUACUCACUGUAUUCUACGAUUUGCCAACAAAAGGAAAAGGAAUAUGACAUUUAGUUGCAAUACUA